UCGAGAUCUUCGCCAGGUACGACAGCUCCGGUGUCGUACCCCGGCUGCUGCAGUACUCGGAGCUGGACCAGCUGCUCAAAACGUACACCGGCAAGUUCCUGCAGGAGGCGGACCGGGGAACCAGCCGGCUGUACCCCACCUACAACCAGGUGGGCACCGCCACGGGCCGGCUGUCCACCUCGGGAGCCAACCUGAUGGCAGUGCCGCGGGACCGGGAGGCUCUUCAGGGCAGCAGCAGCAGCUGGCUGGCCGCCUUCCGCCGCUGCCUGGCCGCCCCCCCUGGGUGGGUGCUGCUGGCAGCGGACUAUAGUCAGGUGGAGCUGCGGCUGCUGGCGCACAUAACAGAGG